AUGUUCUUCAUGGUCCGCUAUCUUCCUAUCAUAGACUUGUCAACAGUCAUUGCGAGUGGGUAUUCACGAGCUCUAGGGCUGCUGCUAGUAACACUAACAGAGCAUGAAAUUUUCUCUACAGGUCAGUCUAGGGAAGACUUAUCGCCUGGGGCUUGUGCAGUUAUGUACAAGAUCGUUUGUUGGACUAUUGGUGUUGGUGUCAUGACCUCAGAAGGCAUUGUAUUGAUCCGAAUAUAUGCAAUAUGGAAAAAUAAGCGUUUCAUCCUGGUCUUUCUUUUGGCAUGGACUAUAGUGAAUACAAUCCCUGCCCUCGUGUUAAUGCAAUUCUACACAAAAUCCUUGCAUGCCAUGGCAUCACCAGCAGACUUUAAUGGUUGCUGUUGUUGUAUUAUGUCAGGAAGCAAUAUCCUCAUCGGCGACUGGAUCCUCGUAAUUGCAUACGAAUCUGUGCUCCUUGUACUCCUAGUGGUUAGAGGCUGUCAAAUGCAUAAUGAAGUUGGAAAUACAGCUCUCUACCUGGCUAUGUUCAGGGACGGUGCCAUUUUCUACGUGUGUAUCUUUGCGCUGUCAAUCGGGAAUGUAAUUCUAAUCUCCGCCCUAUCCCAUGAUAGAUCUCGAUUUUGUUUCCUUGCAAGCUUGGAACGAGUCAUGCAUUCUAUACUGGCAGGACGUUUACUCUUCACAUUGCAAAAGGCCUCAAAAGACGGGAUUUAUGCGACUACGUCGCACGCCUUAACGACUAUACAGUUUUCGGAAACCACCACAGUCCGUACUGCAACGGAUAGUGGAACUGGAAGCGGAAGCGAAACUGUUUCUUCGUUCAUUAUGGAAUGGGCUCCUACCCCACUGUCCCCCAACACUCCGGCACUUGACUCGCAUACAGGUAUGCCCGAAUCCGCUAUCGGUGGGGACGACGCAUCGACAUUCUUCCCCGUGCGCGUUGCUGUCUUUGAACAGGGGAGUCUGGUAGGAUUGGGCGUGGAAAAUGUGGUUGUUGUAGAUACGCUGUUGUUGCUUUUUGUUGCUAUUAUAGAUGAUUGGAAGGGUGUAGGUGUAGAUUGGUCGGAUAAAUCGUAG